AUGGUGUUAACGCAUGAUGAGGGUUACUAUAUCUUCAAGUUCAAUUCGAUUCAGGACAAGGAUAAGGUGUUGAAGGCGAGGCCUUACUAUUUCAAUAACAAGCCCCGAAUUCUCAAACCAUGGGAACUUGACUUCAAUUUUGAGCAGGAGGCACUCAGUGUGAUUCCAAUUUGGGUGAAAUUUCCUGGGUUGCCAGUGGGGUACUGGUCACCUGAAGCUCUGAGUAAAGUUGCUAGUGUUGUUGGGAAACCACUCUACACCGAUGAAUUCACAGCUAAUGUUAAGAAAAUUUCAUAUGCCAGAAUUCUUGUGGAAGCUGAUUGCAUUAGAUUUGGUCAUGAUGCAUUUGAAUGCUGGAAUUAUAGAGACUAUGAAGAGGUAAAGGUUGUUCAUGAGGAUGCUGGGCAGUUUCCUGAAAAGAAGAAGAGGAAACCUCGGAAAAGGAAGCACAUGAGACAGGACUGGCUUGCUAAAACAACAUCUCAGAGUCAUGAGAGUGCUGAGGAAGGGACAAUAACAGUGAGCAAUGAGAGUGUUGGAAGAAAUAUGCCACCACAGACUAGGAAUCCCUUGACUAAGCAUGGAGCACAGGGGGAUAGCACUGAUACAGUGCAAUCACUGGUACAAAUUCAGCAGAGGACAGCUCAAAGACAGGGUAAGCAAGUCCAAAAUGAUACUCAUGUUGUUGAGGGGCAUACUGGGCACACCAAUAUGGAGAAGCAAGGUGGGUCUAGAGGAGCUGGCACUGCUACAGCUGGGUUUCAGCCUCCAUGA